AUGGCCAAAUCCCACCCAGAAGACAUCUCUCGCCUCUGCACGGCUCUGGCCACCAAAGCCUCGCAAGACCCCGGCCUCCCAGUCCCCAAUCCCACGACAGCAUACUGGCAAAGCGAAGUGCACGAGCUCGCCAACCACCAGUCCGCGACUUUGCCCGCGACGGCCGACAUUGUUAUUAUCGGAUCGGGCAUUACUGGAGUGAGUACCGCGUAUCAUUUACUGCAGCAACAGCCCACUUUCGCAAUCAGCAUCCUCGAGGCGCGCUCGCUGACCUCGGGGGCGACGGGUCGGAAUGGUGGGCAUUGUAAAGAAGUGCCGUAUGUGGAUUACCCCGAGCUGAAAGAACUACAUGGUAGGGAAGGCGCUGGGAAGAUUGUCAAGUUUCGUCUGGCGCAGCUGGAUGCCUUGCUGGAGCUGAGUGCGAGUUUGGGAUCAGAGGCAUCGUCUGCAGUUGUGCGGCGAGUGGACGGGUUGGAUGUUUAUUAUGACCAGGAAGUCUUCGACAAGAUGAAGGAGAAACUGGCGGACUAUCUGGCGGACUUUCCAGACCAAAAAGACACCUGGCUGGUGUUUGAAGGAGAUGAUAUCAACGAGAAAUUCGGCACAGUCAACGCAGUAGGAUGCAUGACUGGCCCGGCCGGUGCUCUAUGGCCGUACAAAGUCGUUGGAGCAGUCACAAGUUACCUGUUCAACAGCCGGAAAUAUCCAAACUUGACCAUUGAAACACACACGCCAGUCGAGAGUAUAAGCACUACUACUUCCUCGGCGUCAGCCACACAUCCUGUAGUAGUCAAAACAUCGCGAGGAGAGAUCCACGCAAACUACGUUAUCCACUGCACAAACGGCCAUGCUGGCCAUCUUCUUCCAGGCCUCAGAGGCAAGCUCUUCCCGAUCCGCGGGCAGAUGACACGACAAGCUGCGCCUGCCGAGUUCCCACGGGUUGGGGAUCGGCGUUCGUGGAUUUUGCACUAUGCGCCGGGUUAUGAUUACAUCACGCAGUCGCCGUUUUCUGCUUCGGGCGAUAUCUAUAUUGGUGGGGGUCUGCUCAAGGCUUUGUUGUCGGGGAAUGUCACGGUUGAAGAUGCGGAUAUCGGGAAUGUGCGAGAUGACCUGCAGAGUGAAGAAGCGCUCAAAGCACUCGAGACGGCUAUUGAGGAGCGCUUUCGCGGUGGCAAGGGAACUCGCAUCCUGGAUAAGUGGACAGGGGUUAUGGGGUUUACAGUGGACGAAGCCCCCAUAGUGGGAAGAGUCCCGGACGAUAUUUCUGGGCGGAGGGCGUCGAGGGAAUGGGUAGCUGCAGGAUUCUGCGGUCAUGGCAUGGCUUAUUGCUGGCUCACAGGAAAAGCUGUUGCAGAGAUGCUUCUCAAGGGGGAAGACAGCGUCAACGAAUGGUUUCCUACAGAGGAAUAUGCCUGUUCGAACCAGCGGCUACAAAGGACUACACUGCACGACAGUCUCUUGUCAUUUAUCGAGACUGUGGCAUAA